ACUGCCAAAGUACUUAUUUUUCCCACUUCCUUCUCCUUUGAAAAAAAUAAAAAGAUCCCAAUCCUCUUCUUCUUCGUCUACCUUUACAAACUACUCUUCUGUCUUCUACCACGACUGCCUUUGUCUAGCUGUGCUACACCACACCACCCUCCGUCAACUACUUGUAGCUCUAUGCCGCCUACGCAAGCGACACCCGCUACCACCACAUCUUCUUCACCAACGCACACCACCGCCAUGGCCGCCAACAUGGAUCUCGAGAGACAACCUCGCAGCCUGCACCGCUCUACUGACUCGGAAACCGUCACCAGAGGCCGCAAGCGUGACAGAUCUCCCACUAGACCUGAGAUCCGCUCUCUCCGAGGUGACGUCGAGUCUAGCACGCUCCGUGGCAGAUCCAGAGGCCGCUCCAGGUCACGCCCUGCCUUUAGAGACGCUUCUUCGUCUGUUCGAUCACCCUCGCGAAAGAGAAUUGAGCACAAUCGCCCUCGGGAUGCCCGCCGCGAGCACUGCCCAUCCCGUACCCGCUCUCCUUCUCGUCAUCGUGCCCUCCGACGCCGCCAGAGAACACGCAGCAGAACGCGAGCUUCCUUUGCUGAAUCGGACAUGAGAGUGCCCUCCAUUCAAGUCAUUGAGGUUUAAGCCGGCAAUGUCCGGCCUUGCACCGAUUGUUGGGUCAUCAGACGCUGUCUACUGCCGAACAAACAAUAACUUUGUUGUACAAUACGUGUACACCACACCACACAAAAAAGUCGAUUACCAAAAUACCCGAUGCUAUCUUCCAGCUGAAGAAUAGCGGCAGAUUCAUACAUCUGCUCCGAUCACAAUACCCGAUUCGCUCCUCGAUACGAGGACAGACGUCAUGUUUUUUUUCUAUUUUCCGCCUGGUGACGGCCUAGUGCCGAUGCAUCCCAAGUCAGCGCCACAGUUUUACUCUCUGGAGAGAGUGUUUGCCUUCCCUACCAUUUCUUUUCUAAUCAUUUUCUUCCUUUCUUAUCCUGUUUUAUUUUGCCUGAACUUUUAUCGACACGCAGGCCCGUAUGUUAAUGGACUUUACACUUUUACCGGCCGUCCAAUGAGACUGGCCCACGCUACCGGGGGAGCAUUAUCAGAUUGCAUGGACGAUCAGAUAGCAUGAUUAGGCUGUAAAUAUGAAUUAUUAAAUAUUUCUAUUUUAAAAUCUAGUGAACGCUUC